AAAUUUGUCAACUUUUUGGUGAUUUUGGAUCAAAGUUGUGUAUACAUUGCAUCUGAUUUCUUCAAGCAUCUUUUUUGCGGGAUCUGUAAUGGUUAAACAGGUAUGGUUUCGAUGUUAGGACCAAGAUCUCUAGAGGAGUGGAGCUAUAUAAACCCUAUAUUCAGAAGAAACCUCUGUUUUCAUAGCACAAAAAACCAUGAUCCAAAAUCUUCAUGUCAGAGCCCUGAAGCUUCUCCCCCGAAACUCAGCCUCCGACGGUGGAAAUUUACGGCGUGUCAUCUUCUCCCGAGCCUACGCUGUUAGGCCUUACACUUCACCAUCCUCCUUUUCCUCAUUCUCUGUGCGAAACGAAGAAGAGAUCAAGAGACACGAAUCUCACAACGUUGCCAUAUGCAUCGCGACGCUACAGUCGUGUGCUCAACGAUGCGACGCCACUUCCGGCGAACAGGUCCACGGUUUCAUGGUCAGAAAAGUGUUUCUCGACCAUUCGCCGGAGGGCGUCACGAGCCUCAUCAACAUGUACGCAAAGUGCAGUCAGAUGCGGCGCGCGGUCUCGGUCUUCGAUAGGUUUGAACGCAACGUGUUCAACUACAACGUCAUAAUUUCUGGGUUUGUCGUAAAUGGGUUUCCUUUGGAUGCAAUGAAGAUAUACAGAGAGAUGAGAGCCGAGGGAAUUUUCCCUGACAAGUACACAUUCCCCAGUUUGAUAAAAGCAAGCUGCGAAGCCAUGGAUAUUUCAGAGGUUAAGAAGGUUCAUGGGCUGGUGUUUAGACUCGGGUUGGAUUCAGAUUGUUAUGUAGGGAGUGCCUUGGUGAAGUGUUACUUGAAGUUCGUGUUAAUGGAGGAUGCUCAGAAAGUGUUCGACGAAUUACCUGAGAGAGACGAUGUUGUGCUUUGGAAUGCUAUGAUUAAUGGGUACUCGCAGAUUUCGCGUUUUGAAUAUGCUUCGAGAGUCUUCAUGGACAUGCGUGAAGGAGGAAUCGAGAUAGGUAGGUACACUAUCACCGGAGUCUUAUCGGCUUUUACCGCCAUGGGAGAGCUCGGCAAUGGCAGAUCGAUCCAUUGUCUUGCGGUGAAAAUGGGAUUUGAUUCGGGUAUCGCGGUGUCUAACGCGUUGAUCGAUAUGUAUGGCAAGAGCAAGAAUCUCCUUGAGGCGGUAACGAUAUUCGAAGGAAUGGACGAGAGGGACAUCUUCUCGUGGAACUCCAUUUUGUGUGUCCACGACUUCUGCGGCGAUCAUGAAGGAGCAUUAGCUCUUUUCAACAGGAUGUUACGUUGCAGAAUCCCACCCGAUCUCGUUACAUUGACGACUGUUCUUCCUUCUUGCGCUUGUCUCGCUGCAUUGAUGCAGGGCCGAGAGAUUCACGGCUACAUGAUCGUUACAGGCCUUCUAAACCCGAGAAUCUCGAAGAACGUCAAUAAUGUGUUCAUAAGCAAUGCUCUGAUGGAUAUGUACUCGAAAUGCGGGAACAUGUGGAACGCUCAUUCGGUUUUUGAUACGAUGGGAAAUACCGAUACAGCUUCAUGGAACAUCAUGAUCACGGGUUACGGUGUUCAUGGCCAUGGUAAGUUAGCCUUGGAAAUGUUCUCACAGAUGUGCAGAGAUGGUUUCAAACCAGACGAAGUCACAUUCGUCGGGGUUUUAACAGCGUGCAAUCACUCUGGUUUCGUAAGCGAAGGCCGAGGAUUUCUUACCCAAAUGGAUUCAGUUUACGGCGUCGUCCCGACCAUUGAACACUACGCAUGCGUUAUUGACAUGCUUGGUCGAGCGGGAAGGCUCAAGGAAGCAUACGAUUUAGCCAUAACGAUGCCUGUGGAAGCGAAUCCCGUGGUCUGGAGAACAUUGUUGGCAUCUUCUCGCCUCCAUGGGAACAUAGAUCUUGCUAAAGUGGCUGGACAACAUCUGCUCGAGCUCGAACCAGAGCAUUGUGGAAGUUAUGUCCUGAUGUCUAACGUUUUCGUGGAAGCAGGGAAAUACGAGGAAGUGUUGGACGUAAGAGACGCGAUGAGACAGAAGAACGUGAGGAAAAAACCGGGUUGUAGCUGGAUCGAACUCAAGAACCGAGUUCACACAUUUCUCACGAGUGAUCGAAAUCAUCUAGAAUCCGAGUCAAUCUUCUGUUGCUUAGAUCUGCUGAUUUGUCAUAUGCAUGGUCGGGAAUGCAUGCUCGAAGCCUUGCAAGAGACUUGGUAAGGAGUUGCACUUGAAGUUUUGAGGACUGAAUAUCACAGAGCUUUGGUGUCCGGAAUAUAUUCAUUUGUAUUUGUACCUUUUGCCGUUUGGGGUACCCGGCUUUCGACCAAUUCCACACUCCAUAUGCAUCAUUUCCGCAAAUCUUUAAGGCUUAACUUCGCGUCUAAGUGCUGCACAGAUAGGUCGAGAAAUCCCCCAAACCAGGACAUUCAGAUCUUCAAGAAUGCACCUUUAUGAUUGUCAAGAUCCACUCGGAUUACUCUUUCUAGUCUCUGUUCAAACCCGAACC